GCCCGACCGACCGCCUCGGCAUCUCAUCAAGCCAAACCAAGACAACCUUCGCUUUUCCCACUCAAACAAACACGUCCCAAGAACACACAGAGCGCGUCCGAAGAUGAGCGUGGAGAUCCUGGACGGGAGCACGGUCCGGAGCUUCGUGGAGGACGAGCGCGCCUUCAACUCGUCGGUGGACGGCCGGUUCGCGGCGCUGGACGCCGACCUCGACGGCCUGCUCUCGUACUCGGAGAUGGCCGGGGAGCUGAUGAGCCUGCGGGUGCUCGAGAAGCACUUCGGCGUGGACGAGGCCGCCGUGGGCGCCGACGAGCUCGCGGGGCUGUACCGCGGCCUGUUCGCGCGGUUCGACAGGGACGGCAGCGGCAAGGUGGACCAGCACGAGUUCCGUGCGGAGAUGAGGGAGGUCAUGCUCGCGGUGGCCAACGGGCUCGGCUUCCUGCCCGUGCAGAUGGUCGUCGAGGAAGGCAGCUUCCUCAAGGUUGCCGUCGACAGGGAGCUCGGCCAGUUCGCGAAAGCUGCCUAAAGUUCAAUAACUACACCUACUUGCUUGGAGUUGACCACUAAAUUUUGAUGUGUUUCGAAUUCAUAGCUGCCAUUUUUACAUUGAGUUACAGCAUUGCUACUUAUUUACGUAGUAUUUGUUCCUUAGUUACGUGAUGAAAUUAUAUGUGUAGUGUAAUUUGCAAGAGUAAAUUUCAGAAAAAAAAAUCGCAUGUUCUAUGUGUACGAACAGGAAGGCAAGAAACAGAAUCGAUCACUAUCCAGUGGUUAAAAGAGGCAGGGGAUUAAAUACUGAGAGUUCAAGUUUUUAAUUAAAGCUGCAGUUCACAAAAUUAUACUCCUUAGCACAGCUGAGUGUGAAAAAUUAACAUUACAUACAGAGAGUAUAUCCAAUAGUUACUGCGGCUGCUCUGCCAAACGGCAGAG